AGUAGCCAGGCUAUGACGGUGCGUGUGAGGAGUUGAAGAGAGUAGAUAUGCUCAUUUUUGUUCUCUGUGCGUGACGCCGCAGCUAGCCACGAGGACCGCACUGCAGAAGAACAAGAGGAGAGAAGAAAACCUCCACUCCAAGAUGGCGCGGCCCUCGAAGGCCGCCGCUCAGGCGGCCGUCUUGGUUUUGAGCAGCUUUUCUCAAAGCGCCGAUGCCCUCCGCGUUGUUGCCACGAGCAAAUCAACUUCGAACUUGCUGCUGAAAAAAACCACCUCCACCAAGGCUGUUUCCACGGCGAGGACGAAAAGUAGAUCGCGGAAAAUAUUAAAGCAAGCCCCUUUUGUAUGGAUUGCAAAUAUGUCUGGGUCUGGGAAGUUGCGAGAUUUGUCAUGUGAGUCUGGCAUGAUUCUUAACUCUGUGUUGCGUCACCGCAAAGAGCGCCUCAGGCUUGUCAUGCUAAAACGCAGUUUCUCAUGACAUGCGGAGUACGCAACUCAGAACCACGGAAAAACUUGCCAUGCCUGGCAGCGCAUUACAGUCUGCUCACUAUUCCCCUUCUUGCAUCACAAGUUUCCUCCAGAUCCAGACAUUUUUGCAUUUGAUAUUUUGGCAUGUUCGCGACAGAAGAUGCGCUUUCCCUCAACAGUCUAGACAGCAAAGUCACUACAAUUUGCGAAUCCGCGGUCCGCAAAGCCGAAGGGACGCAAUGUUCCGACCUGGAUUUGAUCCACGACUACCCGGAAUCCCCCGCCUACCACGCUUGCCUCGAUGACUGGCACGGGAUCCACGGCAUGGCUUCCGAGUGCGAGAAGCAGCACGCCAACAUCGGCUCUCCCUGCGGAAAAGCCUGCUUGUACAAGGGUAUCCGGCAGCUGGCCGCGAAGCACGGCGCAGUCUCGGAGUUGCUGAAGUGGGGCGUGACGGACUUCAACUUGUGGAACCAGCUCGUCACGCUGGCCCAACCGGUGGCCGACGGCUUGAGCGAAGAAGAACUCGCUGGAGUGUUCAAAAAGUGCGCGGACGGCGGUGACCACACCGUGAUGCCGAUCCCGCGGGUGCGGCACAUCUUCACCUGCCUCGACGCGAAUGCCGACGGCACUUUGGAUGGCGCGGAACUCACCCAGCCGACAAAGUGCUUCCGAAAAUGCCUGGAGGUGAAGGAGCCGGCGGGGCACCUGGAAAAAAUCCCCGAUGACGCGGACUAUGACGUUCUCAAAUGUUACAUUCUCAACUGUUACAUGAUUUCUCAUGCAAAAUGGCAAUCAGAAUCGACAUGAUCAAGCUGCUUCGCAUGACAAAUUCUCGAAGAGCCCAACAGGCUGAGAAUCCGUGUCAAAUCUGUCAUGCGCGACGCGUUAGGUCCCCGUCCCCUCUUUCACUGUUGCCGUUCUUGCAUGACAAAUCCAUGUAGCAGUUGAGGAUGUAACUGUAACAGUUGAGAACGCCAUACGGACGUGACGGACGUUCUGUCCCUGUGGCUGGGCGACGCGCAGGGCAGCGCGCGGAAGUUUGACACCAUGCUGGCGGGCACGAGUCCGAACUGCCUGGACGGCAUCGACGGGCCCUGCGAGGGCUGCGAAUCCUACCACGUGGACUUCAACCCGAUGCAGAAACGCGAAGCCCACGAAACGGAAGACGCGUGGGAUGAGACGGGCGACCUGUUGGAAGAGUGCGAGGGCUACGAGGAGCGCUGCGAGCCCCACCUCUCGGGCGACCAAAACUCGGUCGAGUGUGCCGAUCCGUUCCGCAGGCAGUACUGCAUCGGCGUGCACAAGUUGACGGAGACCCACAUGCAGGAGUGCGCCAACUACUACGGCCAGUGCUGCGUGAACGCGAACGAGUCCCACUUGAAAACUGGCGCGGCCGCCGGCGACGAGUUUCACCUCACCGACUGCCAGCCCUGCGACCCCGCGAACGGAGCUUCUUGCAAUAAACUUGUGAUGGAGGCGAGCGCGGAGCAGGGCGGCUGCUUCGUCGGCCACGACCCGGCGACCGGGAAGCCGCAGCUGGAUUUCCAGCGGCUGGCGUUUUGCGCGGGCGUGUUUGAGCGCGCGCGCUACGACAUGAUGGAGUCCGGGAAACUACAGACCAUGACGGGCGCCACCAGCAUGCCGGACGACGUGGGCCAGACAGUGCACCCGGGGUUCUUUUUGUUUUCGCAGCUGAAGAUGAAGAAGCAGCUGAAAAUGAAAAAGGCAAAAAUCGUGCUGGACAAAAAAACCAUGAUGGCCUUGACCGCGCCGAUGGUCUCGGUUUUUCCAACAGCAGUGGAACAAGACCGUCAAUUCGACAACCAGGAGCCCGCCACCGGGAGCAUGUACUUCUCGGGGAGCGCCCCCGCGAACGAACCCCUGCCACUCGUCCCCUCCGGAGACAGCGAGUCGCCCAUGAACCUCACCCCGGAUGCGCAGGCAGCGGCGAACUCCGCCCCGAUCCACGUGAAGACGCAGCGGAAGAUCGAUUACCCGGCCCGGGACCCCGUUUCCCCCGAAGCGCUCAACGCGCCGCUCGCGCACGCGCCGGGCGCCGUGCCGCAAAUGCAGGCGGGGGACUACGACGCGACCGUGCACGAAGACCCGAUUCACGAGCCGCAGUGCCCCACGGAAACGUUUCGGGAAAAGCGCAGCGGUAUGAAUUGCAAAAAUGUCUAGGUCUGGAAGAUUGCAAUUUGUCGUGGUAAAUCUGAAGCAUGCAAAAAUCUGUGUUGCAUGAGUGCCAAAAGCUGUAAACUUUUGAACAAGUCAGAAGGGAGUUUCUCAUGCAGGAUAGACAUGGCAGAGUCAGAGACCUCGCAGAGUCUGUCAUGCUACGUCCCGCAUUCCAGACCUGAUGGGUCAUGGAAAAUCUGCCUGACAAGUCUACACUUUUCCAGACCCAGACACUUUUGCACUUGAUAAGCGGGGAGUUGAAGGUGGUCCGGAACGAGGAGUACUACAAGAAAUUUUGUGCUAUUCUGAGUAAAAGCGUCCCCACCCCAGAGCUGUCAUGCAAAUCUGCAUGCCAAGAAGGUUUCUCAUGCGGAGCCCCAUGAGAAGCGUAUUCUCGUCGUGUUCUGGAAUUUGUGAUGCGAGAACCAGCACGGUAUGCUAGAUCUGUGAUGCUGCUGGACUACUAGCUAAACAGGAUUACACUGCGAGGAGAAACUUGUCAUGCGAACCAAGCAAAGCUGGUUGAUUUGUCUUGCAGGUUUCCCAUCUUGACUCUGGUGUUGGGACAUUUUUACUCAGGAUAUGUGCCUGGAUGCACGAGGUCGCGGAGCCGUCUGCGGGCUGGGAUUUGGGCCAUUUUGUGGACCCGGCGACGAAAAACUUCGCGGAAAAGCAGUUCACGCCAGACUCGACGUGCGCACCCGAAAUCGUGAUUGGGGCCGGGAAGGGCAGAAAGGUAAAGGGUUUUGAUAUCAUGUUGGUUGUAAGUAGAUAAGGAUGUGGAUGUGGUUGUGUUGGAAGUUAUUCGCAUGACACAGUGCCCAAGAAAAGUGUCAACAUUUCACCAAGUGCAAAACUACAUCCAAAAUUAUGAAAAAUCCAGCCCACUCGUGCGGAAUUCGACGACACGAACUACGAGAACUGCAAGCGCGCCCACGAAAUCUGUGCGGAAAGCGGGUACGUCGCGGACUCCCCGUCUUGUGGCUACGUAGAGUCCGAUAUCUGUGCCGGAAUGCAUUUUCCCAGCCCAGGUCCGAAAAUCCCACCCCCGCACGUGGAUCUCGAGAAGCCAACAAACCCGGCCCCGGUUACUGACGUUGGGAGUGCGGCUCCGCCAGCUCAAAACAACGCGAUUCCUGCCGCGACCGGGGAAGCGGGGGAAGCCAUCCCGCUGGGAACCGGUGCGGAGCUGCCGGGAGCGGGCGCGCCAGCAGCGGCUCCGGCACCCGCGCCGCCGGCUACAGCUGCGGGGAGUACUGAUUUUUUUUUGUUCGAGUCCACCUUGCAUACGUGAUUUCCACCUGCUUUUGGUUGAUGAUGUAUCAAUGAUAUGAUGUGCCAUGACCUUAUUAAAUUUUUCUUUAAGGCAAAGAACAACUUGCCUUUUCGAAAAGUCAAGCAAUUCCCAACCAAAAGUAAAAGUCCUCACAUCAGGCGCAGCACCGAAUAAACCCGCGGGAAAGGCUAUGAACUGCAAAAGUAUCGUAUUAGUAUGAAUUGUAUUACAAAUUUGCUCAGCAUUGCAAAUUGAAUUUGUAUAUGCGGACUUGCCUUAGGAGUCAGAUUUGUAAAGCAUAAAUGCAAUUAGUACGAGUACGAUACUUUUGCACAGGAUAAAGGCCGCCUUGGGCAUCAAGGAGCCCCCCACGGAGGUGGCGAACAUCGCAACCGUUGUAUCAAAAAGAAAAAUCUCCCCUCCCCAUAUCGGAAACGAAAUUUGUGAUGCUGUAUUUGAGUAUACAAGUCGACUUGUAUUGCUAGAAGGCCAAGAGACGCAGUUGUGGCCUGAAUUGCAGGCAAUUUGUCAUGCUGUUUCCCAGUUCCAGUUGCCUCGUGUCAUGCUGGAGAUGCAAUACAUUCCCUUUCCCGCGCUAGCUAGAACUACAGUCCGCAUCAUCUUUUGCCUUCUAGCAUCACAAAGCUGAUUUAUAACCACAAAUCUGCGUCACAGAUUUCCGUUUUGAUAUGGGGAGGGGGCAUUUUUGUUCUUGAUACGUUGCGGCACCCUUGAUGACGAAUUUUCUCUUGCACGAGCUGCAUGAGAAGGGGAAAGUGGAGAAGCCGAAGAAAAAGCAGCUGGUUUUCAAAAUCACGGUCGAGGAGGAGGACUGAUUUUUGUUUUUUGGCUUGACAGUUGUGAGCACGUUUUUCUUUUCCGAGUCUCCAUUUGCAUUUGCAUCUGCAUGCAGUAAAAAGAUGUGUAAAUUUUUUUGAGCCCCCUGUAGCUCUAUGUAAAAACAGAUGGCGCCCCUUCAGUGCAAGAUUUUUUUCGGCGCCUCGUUGGUCGUUCGUUUUUCG